CAUUUCUUGUUUGUUUUGGCGUAAACCAUAAGACCAGUCUCCACUGACUAUUCAGUAAAUAAACUGUAACCGGCCCUCAAUGACGUAAAGGAUGACCAAUUUAAGUUUGGCAAAUGCACUCGUCUACUCAUGCACAGCUGCGCGCGCGGGACACACAGAUGAAGGCGCGCGCUCGUCUGCAUCAGUGAUUAUCGCAUGCUGCGUUUCAUCUUCUUUCAAUGGGCUGCGGAGGGAGUCGAGCAGAUGCUAUUGAGCCGCGAUAUCAGGAGAGCUGGACCAGAGAGACCGAGUCGACAUGGCUUACCAACACCGAGGCUGAAAUCCCAAACGACAUGAUGAUGUACAAGAACCGUGCCGUCCGUGGUGAUUGUGACCAUCUUAUUAAAGACAGUGCAAAACCGUCAGGUAGAGGAUUGGAGGUCAGAGGCAGACGGAUGGUUAAUGCAGGAACUCAAUGUGUGAAGCAGAUUUCCAGCACCUGCACGAACCAUCAAAGAGCAUCCUGCAGUCAUGAGAUCAGUGACUCAAAGAGCACAACACAGAAGGAGGGAACAGCUCAUUCAGAGGGGGUUUCAUCAAACACUACAUCUCACCCAAGGAAACCAUGGAGGAAAGAAUCUGACGCGGAGGAUACACUCUAAAACCCAGAGGAGAAUUAUGGGCUAUUUAAGACAUCACAAGCUGCAGAGAGAAAUUAGAGCAUGUCAUCUCAAUAAUAUGUGCUUAGAUGUUAGAUGCAUCUGAUCAUUAGCAUGGCAAAUAUAGAUUAUAGGCUACAGUGACACCUAGAAAUCCUCAUACCAGUUAAUUAAUAAUAGCUUUUAGAAUUACACUGUGCAAUUUGAAUACUGAUAGCAUUGAUUUUUUAAAAAACAGGAUCCUAUAGCCAAAAAAAUUAACUACUUGUUAUUAUAAUGGCAGACUUAAAUAUGCAUUUACGCAUUAAGUAUUUGCAUUAUGCAUUUUAAAGAGGUUGUCCAGAGUGUAAUUUUAAGGCUUGGUUGUGUUUAUAAGAUGCAAAGCAUU